AUGGAUGAGGAUGCUUCAAAUGUACUCUUUGCACUUGCUUAUAGGAUUAUGGUAGCGCUUUUUGCUUGGAUGAUUUGUCCACCACCAUUCUCCGUUCAAAGCAAUGGUCUGUCUGGUUAUUGGUUACCCAUCUUUGGAGGUUAUGGAUUUGCGACGGCAGUGCGACAAAGAGGAAGUGGCGGUUGUAGCUUCUUAUGGUUGGGCUAA